AAAUUACUUAAGAGAAUUUAAAGACAAGAAUCAAUCAUCUUUGGUCAAAAGACAGUACAUGUGUCUAGCCAUUAUCUGUGUAAAUUCGGAGGAGGUUGUUGUUAUGGCACUUCGGUCUGCUAUGUUUCUAACAUUUCUGGAGUUAAAUACGUAUGCGGCAGUUCUUGCGGCCCUUUUCGUAUAG